GGUGUCUGCGCGGAGACCGGCAUCCCCGCUGCCGUCCCGCUGCCUCCGAGCGGGUGCGGAUGGACAGAUACGUGGUUAAACGCCCCUCUGGGGAGGCGGGGGGCGGCGGGAAGAGGCCUCGGCCGGAGGCGCCCGCCUCAGGGCAGCCCCUCUGGCAGGAGAUCCGCGCGGAGGGCCUGAGCUGCGACUACCGGCUCCUCUUCAGCAAGGCCGAGGCUGACGAGAUCUUCCAGCAGCUGGAGGAGGAGGUGGAGUAUUUCGAAGGCGAAAUGACAAAAUUGCACGUGUUUGGUAAAUGGCACGACAUUCCGAGGAGGCAGGUAACCUAUGGAGACCCUGAGUUAACAUACACUUACUCAGGGGUUACCUUCUCUCCUAAGCCGUGGAUCCCAGUUCUCAACCGUAUCAGAGACCGGGUCACUUUGGACACAGGACAUACUUUUAAUUUUGUUCUUAUUAACAGAUAUAAAGAUGGUGGGGACCACAUAGGUGAGCAUCGAGAUGAUGAGAGAGAACUGGUUCCACGCAGUCCGAUCGCGUCCGUCUCCUUUGGAGCUUGCAGGGACUUUGUUUUCAGGCACUGUGAUUCCAGAGGGAAAAACGCAGUGCGCCACAUUGAGCCCAUCAAGCUGCAGCUCGCCCACGGCAGCCUGCUCCUGAUGAAGUACCCCACCAACGUGUACUGGUACCACAGCCUGCCCACCCGCAAGAGAGUACUUGCCCCAAGAAUCAACCUCACGUUUCGGAAAGUGAUGACUGUAGCCAAGAAGUGAAAUACUCAGCCAUCAAGCACCAGGCCUUUUGAUUCUGAAAAUAGAAGCUUUCUUCCCUGACGUUUCUCAUUCAAACACUGUCUUUGAUGAUCCAAAGUACAAGAUUUACAAAUUAAACCAGGAGAGGAGAUGAUAGCCAUGACAGUGUACUUGGUAAUUUGCUAAUAAAGACUGCAGCUACUGAUCUUAAAUGCCAAGAAUCCUUUUUCUCUGUGAAAUGUUGCUGUAGUCCUGCUGAUACAUGUUUUUUAUGAAUAAUACCCUAGUUUUACUCAGGAAGAAGUCUGUUCUCAACUGAUCUUAAUCCAAUUUUCCAAAAAGAUCAAAAUACUCUAUAUCCUUGAGAUGGUGGUGAAAUAGCUUAUAAAUACCAUAAAGUACAAGAUGUGAUAAUGCAGAGUGAGCCUGGAAGCUGAUACUGUUCAACAAACAGGUGACACUUUACUUGUAUGCUCUGUCAAUGAGCUAUGGUUUGCUUGUUUUUUAAAAAAAUAAAGUAUUAAUGAGACUGACAUGAAAAAGAGGAGCACUAAAAUGUGAAUACAGUGAGUGCAACAUGGCUGGCUGCAUCUUUUACAGUCACUGUGCUUUUUCUGUGCUUACAUUCCU